AUGGUAAACCGGAACUAUGGCACGGCCGAGACAACCUCCGGGACCGAACAAACCAUCCGCGACGAAGAAAGCCCCUUACUUUCAUCCUCAGAAACCUCCAUUUCCAAAUUCAAACCAUUAGUUGGCGUCGGAACUAUCAUUGCGGUACUAUUACUGGGCGAAUUCAUCUCUAAUGCCGACGCGACACUGGUCAUCGCGGCAUCCGGCCGCAUUUCCUCGGAGUUCGAUCGGUUACGCGAUGCAAGUUGGUUAUCAACAGGUUAUUCCUUAGGUCUUUGCGCCGCACAACCCAUGUACGGGAAACUGAGCGAUAUCUACGGUCGCAAACCACUCCUUUUGAUCUCAUACUUUUUUUUUUGCCUUGGGAUGUAUCAUCAGUUGCUAAUAAACGGUAGUGGUGUUGGUUCCCAGAUGUGGAUCGUCAUCCUGGGACGCGCGAUCAGUGGCAUGGGUGGUGCGGGGACAAUGACCAUCAGCUCGGUUAUUAUCACCGAUAUUGUUCCGAAACGUGAAGUCGCGACGUGGAGAGCCUAUGUGAAUAUUUCCAUGACUCUUGGCCGCAGUAUCGGCGGCCCUGUGGGAGGCUGGCUGAGCGAUACAAUUGGCUGGCGAUGGCUAUUCCUCCUGCAAGCUCCAUUCGUGGCCCUUGCAGCGUUCCUGGUCAUUCUCAAACUCCAUGUGACACAAGACACCGACGCGUUGAAGAGCGGGAAAUCGAGACUGAGCCAAGUCGACUUUUUGGGAACAGGACUUCUCGCAUCGGGCAUUGUCGCCCUGAUUGGUCUCUUAGACCAAGGAGGAAAGGUCUUCCCAUGGACCUCAUGGCUGACAUAUGUCAUCGGCGGCAGCGGACUCCUGCUGCUGGUUGCCUUCGUCCUAGUCGAGGCAUAUGUAGCCACAGAGCCCAUCUUCAACUUGCGCAUCCUGCGCAGACCCAAUGUGGCCGUUAGCUACAUGCUCAGCACCCUCCAGAUCACCGCCCAGCUCGGCAUGUUAUUCUCCGUCCCACUGUAUUUUCAAGUCACCCAGAAAGCGUCCACCACCGCGGCCGGCGUUCAUCUCGUCCCUGCAGUGGUCGGGAAUACCUUGGGUGGCCUCUUUGCUGGAUGGUUUAUUCGAAAGACCGGUUCUUACCGCAUUCUCCUGGUGCUGGCAGGGCUGAUCGCAUCCAUCACUUAUGUCCUCCUCUAUCUGCGUUGGGAUGGACACACCGGUCUCUGGGAAUCACUAUACAUCAUCCCCGGUGGCAUAGGUACCGGAAUUGCCUCUGCAGCUGCCUUCGUGGCGUUGACUGCGACCUUACCUCCGGAUGAGGUGGCUAUGGCGACAGCCGGAUAUAUGUUGUUGCUUAGUUUUGCCAUGACGGCCGGUGUCACGACAUCGAAUUCGGUAUUGGGAAUGGAGUUCCAGCGCCAGCUGCGUCUCAACCUGCAUGGCCCUGGAUCGGAGAGGGUUAUUAAACGUGCCAUGGAUGACACCAACUAUAUCGCGCAUCUCGGUGGUCGACUUAGGGAAAUUGUUGUGGAAUGUUAUAUUUCUGGUCUUAAGAGCACUUACGUGCUUUCGCUCGUGUGCUCUCUUUUAGCCGCGUUCUUGGGAUUGUUCAUUCGGCAUCAUCAACUCUAA